UGCCUCGGCUGCGCUCGGGCUGCGGCUCCGGUGGGGGUCGGCGGCGGGGUUGACAGCGGAGGUGGCGGCGGCGCGUUGCUGAGCGAGCGGGGGAAGAGGAGGAAGUGGAUCCGCGGCAGGGAGCUCGGGAGUCGGCCGCCGCGCCGAGGUCCGCUCCGUUUUGCGAAGCGAGCAGAGUCGGGACCUGGAAAGACUUCUCCGCCGGGCUCCGGCCGCCGCGCCUCCCCGCCGGCGCCUGCCUUGCCCUGCCCUGCCCGUCCCAGCCCCGCGGUCCGGGGUGUGCGGCCGGGACGCGCGGAGCCCCGGCCCUGACCCGCUGCGCCGGGGCGGGACGCUCCCAACCCCGCGGUGCGGUCCGUGGUUGCGGGGUCGCUCCGCGCUGUUCCGUCAGUGAGGGUCGGAGCCCCCGCCCCGGGGCCAGCGCAGGGUGGCCCCAGGCCCUCGACUCCGGUGCGCGGGACCCCGGACGCCCCCCGCCUCUGGCUCCACGAGACCCCAACCUUCAGUGGCCGCCGCCCGAGUGCUUCGGACUUAGAACCGCGCGAGCGCGGGGGAAGCCGGGUCGUGCGCUCCGUGAGGGGUCCUAGGCGGGCAGGACAAUCGGAUCGAACUGCCGGGCUGGUGCCGCGAGCCCAGGCUGCCCCCUUCCUCCCUCCUCUGGCGGGGGACUCAGCGCCUGCCCCGAAGAUAACACAGGGGACCCCUUCUGUCCCGGCGGCCCGCGAGAGCCAAGGCUGCAGCUCUCCCCGUGAAGUGAUAUCACCACCUCCGUGGACAGGACACCCCCUGGAGCCCAGCUCACAGCCACUGGUACCUUCUUCCAGGACCAGCUGGGGGCCUCCAUGGGCGCCUGAGGGUCAGGCGCCAGGGCCGUGGGCACGAGUAUGGUGAGACACCAGCCCCUGCAGUACUAUGAGCCACAGCUGUGCCUCUCCUGCCUCACGGGCAUCUAUGGCUGCCGUUGGAAGCGCUACCAGCGUUCGCAUGAUGAUACCACGCCGUGGGAGCGCCUCUGGUUCCUGCUGCUCACCUUCACCUUUGGCCUCACGCUCACCUGGCUCUACUUCUGGUGGGAAGUCCACAAUGACUAUGAUGAAUUCAACUGGUACCUUUAUAACCGCAUGGGCUACUGGAGCGACUGGCCCAUGCCCAUCCUUGUGACCACAGCCGCUGCCUUCGCGUACAUUGCUGGCCUCCUGGUCCUGGCACUAUGUCACAUCGCUGUGGGACAGCAGAUGAACCUGCACUGGCUGCACAAGAUUGCCCUGGUGGUCAUCCUGGCCUCCACGGUGGUGGCCAUGUCGGCUGUGGCCCAGCUGUGGGAGGACGAGUGGGAGGUGCUGCUGAUCUCCCUGCAGGGCACAGCGCCGUUCCUGCACGUGGGGGCCCUGGCCGCAGUCACUGUGCUCUCCUGGAUUGUGGCAGGACAGUUUGCCCGCACAGAGCGGACCUCCUCCCAGGUGACCAUUCUCUGCACCUUCUUCACCGUGGUGUUUGCCCUCUACCUGGUCCCUCUCACCAUCUCCUCUCCCUGCAUCAUGGAAAAGAAGGACCUUGGCCCCAAGCCCGCCCUCAUUGGCCACCGAGGGGCCCCCAUGCUGGCUCCAGAGCACACUCUCAUGUCCUUCCGGAAGGCCCUCGAGCAGAAGAUAUAUGGGCUCCAGGCUGACAUUACCAUCAGCCUGGACGGCGUGCCCUUCCUCAUGCAUGACACCACCCUGCGGCGUACCACCAACGUGGAGGAGGAGUUCCCAGAGCUCGCCCGCAGGCCUGCCUCCAUGCUCAACUGGACCACCCUGCAGAGGCUCAACGCUGGCCAGUGGUUCCUGAAGACUGACCCCUUCUGGACGGCAAGCUCCCUGUCACCCUCUGACUACAGAGAGGCCCAGAACCAGUCCAUCUGCAGCCUGGCAGAGCUCCUGGAGCUGGCCAAAGGCAAUGCCACACUGCUGCUCAACCUGCGUGACCCGCCCCGGGAGCACCCUUACCGCAGCAGCUUCCUCAACGUCACUCUGGAGGCCGUGCUGCGCUCUGGCUUCCCCCAGCACCAGGUCCUGUGGCUGCCUAACAAGCAGAGGACCCUGGUGCGGAAGGUGGCUCCCGGCUUCCAGCAGACAUCAGGCCUCAAGGAGGCGGUCACCAGCCUGCGGAAAGGCCACAUCCAGCGGCUGAACCUGCGUUACACUCAGGUGUCCAGCCAGGAGCUCAGGGACUACGCGUCUUGGAACCUGAGUGUGAACCUCUACACAGUCAACGCGCCGUGGCUCUUCUCCCUGCUGUGGUGUGCAGGGGUCCCAUCCGUCACCUCUGACAACUCCCACACCCUCUCCCAGGUGCCUUCCCCGCUCUGGAUCAUGCCCCCGGACGAGUACUGUCUCAUGUGGGUCACUGCCGACCUGAUCUCCUUCACCCUCAUCGUGGGCAUCUUCGUGCUCCAGAAGUGGCGCCUGGGUGGCAUACGGAGCUACAACCCUGAGCAGAUCAUGCUUAGCGCCGCAGUGCGCCGGACCAGCCGGGACGUCAGCAUCAUGAAGGAGAAACUCAUCUUCUCAGAGAUCAGCGAUGGCGUAGAGGUGUCCGACGAGCUCUCCGUGUGUUCAGACAACAGUUACGACACAUACGCCAACAGCACCGCCACCCCUGUGGGCCCCCGAGGGGGUGGCAGCCGUGCCAAGACCCUCACAGAGAGGAGUGGGCGUUAGCUGAAGGCAUGUCUGUCCCACCUGUACCUGACACAGAAGCCGGGGAGCCUAGGAGAGCUGGCAGAAGCGUGUCUGAACUCGGAGUGCUCUGGGAGCAGGCUCCACAGCCUCCUCGUGGGCUGCAGCCCCUUGUCAGCCACAGCCUCUCUUGAGGGAUACUCCUGUCCCCUGAGCCCAGCUGGGCCAGGACUCAAGCCUCUCAGAUGCCCCCACAGGCCUGGGGCUCCUUCUGGGAAGUAUGGGACUUAGGGCUUGGUCCCCCCCUUCUGAGGCCCUCUCCUGUAUCCCAACCUGAAGCUUUGAUGGGUCAUGGGCCAUGCUGUACCCCCUGUGGCAAUGGAGGGUGCGGAUGCUCACCUGUGCCAGUCUGUCCUGUCUGCCAUGAGGCCACUGAGUUCUCCAUUGUUAUCCUGCCCCACGGGCCUGGGCCAGGCCUCUACUUGAAGCAACUCUGCUCUUCCUGUCAGUCUCGAAGCACAAGGAGGCUCGGCCCAGGAGGAAGCCAGCUGCAAUGUGGAGACACGUCCUCCUCCCCACCCCACCUCAUGCCACCGCCAGCCCCCUGCCCCAGGAGCAGGCCUGAGCCAUGUCCCCUGGGAGCAGCUGGAGAUGGCCAGAAGUGAGAGCUCAGGACUACUGAAUCCCAUGCCCAAGUGUCCAGCAGAGCCCAGGACAGAAGGGUCCCCCAACCCAGGAGUCCACAGACUGAUGUGACCUCAGGUUCCCACAUCAGUGGCCACAGAACAGGGCUCACCUGGGAAAAGUGUUUUGGACAUGGUCAGAGUGGGUAUGUGGCUAAGUAGGCCCACAACAGAGGGAACCCAAGGGCCUUGGCCAAUACGAUUAAAGCUGCCAUCUUGA